CUUGUUCAGGUCGAUCGGUGGAGGAGGUGGUCUGGAAAAUGGCUGACGGAGUUGAUCACAUCGACAUCUACGCCGAUGUUGAAGAGGAUUUCAACCAGGAAUCAGACUACCCUGCCCAUGACCAGAUAGACUUGUAUGACGAUGUUAUCUCUCCUUCGGCAAAUAAUAACGGAGACGCACCUGAGGACCGGGACUACCUGGACAACCUACCCCCACCUGCUGGCUCCGAGGGGAACAAGAGCACCCCGCCCAACGUAGUUUACACGUACACUGGCAAGAGGAUCGCCCUGUACAUAGGCAAUCUCACAUGGUGGACGACAGACGAAGAUUUGACAGACGCCAUUGGAUCAAUAGGCAUUAAGGAUCUGCUGGAGAUCAAGUUCUUUGAGAACAGAGCCAACGGCCAGAGUAAAGGGUUUGCCCUGGUGUGUGUGGGCUCAGACGCGUCCUCUAGGAAGCUACUGGACCUGCUGGCUAAACGGGAGCUACACGGACAAAACCCCAUUGUUACCCCCUGCAACAAGCAGUCCCUCAGCCAGUUCGAGAUGCAGUCUCGGAAAAGCCCAGGUACAUCGGGUGGGCAGAUGUCCGGCGAUGGGAAGGCGGGACCCCCCACCAUGGGCCCCCGCGGUGGCUUCCCCAUGGGUAUGGGUAGGGGCCGAGGCCGCUUCCCUGGCCCUCCUGGCCCUGGAGGAGAGCGCUUCCCUGGGCCCAUCGGACCCGGAGGGCCACCGCCACACUUCCCAGGGUCGGGGAUGAGGCCACCUGAACUCAUUAACCAUAGACACCAAGAAGGCCACCUGAUGGAUAUGAAUUUCAAUUGCUUCCCGCCGGGACGUGAUGGGAAUUGGCGACCCAGAGGCGGUAUGCAGGGCCCACCUCGACCCCCUCUUGGGCCUCUAGGUCCCCCUGGUCCCCUAGGCCCCCCUCCCCCAGGACAGGGCCUCCCCCCUCCCAUGCAAGGCCCCCCCAACCGUGGCGACCGCCCCCCACCCCCGGUCAUGUUCCCCGGCCAGUUCGGCCAGCCCCCCAUGGGUCCUCUCCCCCCUGGCCCUCCCCCACACGGCUUCGGCCCUCCUCCUGGCCCCCCACCCCCCCAACAGGGCCCUCCACCCCCUGGUCAUUUCCCUCCUCGCCCUCCUGGUCCCCUUGGACCGCCUCUGGCCCUCGCUCCCCCACCACACAUGACCGGGCCCCGACCUGGAGGCCCCCCACCGGCUCCCCAUGUCAACCCAGCGUUCUUCCCUCCUCCUGGGGGUCCUAACAACAUGGGGGGCCCUCCUGGAGGAGACGGCAGGGGCCCCAACGGGCCCAACGACCCCUAUGGACGGCCACCUCCAUAUGACCGGGGAGACUUCGGACCCGCCGGCAGUAACCAGCGUCCCCCGCUAAUCUGUGAGUUUGACCUCAGGGCCCCCCUGCCCCGCGGCUGCCCAGACCCCUGGAUUAACGAGGGUUUGGUCGAUCUGAAAAAUGGCGGCCAGCACUUGCACAAUGCGAGUGACCCAGGGGAGAUGGAGUCGGCGAGGACACCGCUGAGCGAGGCAGAGUUUGAGGAGAUCAUGAACCGGAACAGAGCCAUCUCCAGUAGUGCCAUCUCUAGGGCGGUGUCAGAUGCUAGCGCUGCUGACUAUGGCAGUGCCAUAGAGACACUGGUGACAGCCAUCUCUCUGAUCAAGCAGUCUAAGGUGUCUGCUGACGACCGCUGUAAAGUUCUCAUCAGCUCUCUACAGGACUGUCUCCACGGCAUCGAGAACAAGUCCUACGGCUCUGCCUCCAGUUCUGCCCCCAAAAGACGCGAGAGGUCGAGGGAGCGUGACCACAGCCGAUCCCGGGAGAAGAGCCGGCGCCACAAGUCCCGUAGCCGCGACCGCCACGAGGACUACUACCGCGAACGCAGCCGGGAGAGAGAGCGGCACCGCGGGGAAAGAGAACGAGAACGCGAACGUGACCGCGAGAGGGAGUACCGACAUCGUUAGUGGAGCCCACGGAAGAGGACAGGGACGAGGACGCCUCGUCACAACCAGCAGGCCCUACUUCAGGAUCGCCUUGUCAACUAGUCCCCCCCCUCUGUCUGUGUCUCCAUGGUUACCAGGGGACUGACUACCUGGGAUUCGCUCACAGCUGUGUAAGGCUAUAAGUAGUGUUCUUUAAAAUCAUACUCAUGGUAUAAAAACUACUCCACAGCUAUUUUUAUUUUACUGACAUUUUUAUUUGAUGUGAACGAAAAAAUGAUUACAUACCUGUGUUGACCGGCUUCUUCAAGCUUUGCGAAAAUAACAAAUUACUACAUUUGCUUGCUCUAUUCCAAAACGGACAACUUUUGACUGCUAUAAUGUGUACAUUUUGUCAGGUUAGAGUUGAUUUUACAGGGAGUUUUUUUGUUUUUGUUUUUCGUGUUUAUUUCCUCUCGUGCCCCUCCCUACUUAUCUCGUUAGGAUAAUGUUUGUAAAUGUCUCUGCUUUGAAUAUUAAAAUAGAUUCUGUGUUGUAAUAAACUGUUUACUGGGGUUUUGACACUUAAUAAUAAUUUACAUGUGUACGUUUUUGCCUGCAUACAUUUUUCAUGUUGAAUUUUACGAAAUAGUUGUUUUAAAUUGACUCUCACUUAAGUUGCCAAGUUGUGCUGUUAUUGGCCAAAUGAAGCACCGUUGACCAAGAGGUUGUAUUUGUCCUGAUGCCCAGAAGGAGUGAAAUCUGACUGAAUUUAGCGUAGCUACUUUUCAAUUGAAUGAUCAUGUGACAGAUAUUUUAAUCUUUGACUUAUUAGUUUGUUCUAAAAGUUCUACUUAAAAUGUGGCUACUUGUUUGGCGAACAUUUGUUUUUAGUAGCCGUAUACUACUGUAUGCCAUUUGAAUACCAAAAGUGAAAAUCCAUGUCAUGGCUAACUGAUGGCUAACUGAUUUUAGAGGUAUUCAGGACUUGAUUAUAUUGGGCAAAACUUUAGUUUUAUUAUUUUUUUAAUUUCUUGAUUAUUUUUUCAUUCAUGUUACCAGGAAGUUCAUACCAAGGGUUCAUUACCCUAAUAUUAAUGACACAAGCGGAACAAAUUGUUCACUUAAAUGGAAUUAUUUUAGUGGUAGAUGAAACUUCACAGAUCUGGACAAUACUACUGUGAACAGAAUUAGUCCCUUGUCUGCAAACGUGUGCUCCGAUUGGCUGGCUGAUGUACUGCACUGAUUUCUUAUUGAGUUGCUUGUCUCACUGGUUUAGGCCAGUGAGGGUUGUGGUAGGCUGGUCCCAGAUCUGUAUAUAUUUUGGCUGAGUCUUGACUCGUUGUCCUGCCUACAUUGAAUGGCAAUAACAAUGCUAGCCAGAGUAGUUGGCUAAAACGCAUACAGACCUGAGUGGUGUACUACAAAGCAGGACCAAUGCGUUAGCCAGCUAAUUUGCUUAAAUAUUCUGAAUUAACUUUUAGAUUUUUUUGGAAUGGAAGCUUGACUCAACCAAAAACACAUCUAAGUUCAGCUUUCUUAAUGAACCAGAAAAUCAAAUGUUAUUUCUGGUUGUUUAUCAACGUUAGCUGUCUAAUGCGUGGAUCCUGUUUUGUGGGAUCCCCUUCUAGGACCAGGCCAAGGGGCUGGGUUUAGUAAAUGGUUGAUUACAGUAGUAAUGAGGGUCUGGGACAAGGCUGAGGGUCUAGGUGUCGUAAAUGGAUGGGGAUUACAGUAAUAAGAGUAUUCAAGUGAGGUGUCCAUUUUGUAAAGCAUGAGAGCACAGUCCUUCCCUGGCUUCUCAGGGUCUGUGGACUGGUCUGCCAGAUUGAAUUAACUGAUAUUGUUGCCUGUUUUAAGGCGGUAAUACCUACUCUACCUCUACUCCCAUGUAUUUUCUAAAUGGCCCUGAUAGACAUUAGUGGUGCUCUCCUGCUUGCAUUGCGUUGCCACUCUAAAAGAUAUUUAGGUGGUUAUUGUGGCAUGAAUCAUUCACUGAAACUACUGCUUCAGUCAACUUAACAUUUUUUUUGAAUUUUACUGGUUAGACUUUACAUCCAACUAUUGGCACAAAAAUAUCUCCCAAGUUUUUAAUCAAUAUUGCCCACUAGCUACAAAGAGCAUUUUGAGGACUUUGCAAUGUGUUUGACAUGGAAUGUUAUUGGAUGGAACUUUAGUAAAGUUCUCCUUCAGGUAAAGUUUGCACGACGGACACUUCGUUUUUUUUAUACGUGGGACUUUUGUAUUGCAUAUAUUGUAUAAAUGCACUGAGGUAUUGAAUGUUGUAAAGCAUUCAUAAUGCUCUAUGUAGCUAUUAUACCAUGUUUAUUGUGCUAAUGGAUAGGUUAUGAAUGCUUUGUUACCUAUUCGCAGAUCAUUGCGAAUUGCUUUCUAGCCCAACGUCUUUUCAAACCGGUUGAAUAUUUGAAUAGAGCUGAUUUGAAACUGGUUUGAUACGUCAAUACUGUACAUAUAUACGCAGUCGACAAGUGUUACCCAUACUCAAUUAGUGUUGUCAUUUUGUACAUAUAAUAAUGCAUCCAUCUUAGAUAUUACCUUGAAAUAGUUUUUACAAACAGAUCCAAGGUUUUUACCUGAUCAGUUUCUCGGACGUGUUCAGGAAGUUGAACUUUUUUAAGGUGCACUGUCUUGUUUUGAGUGUUUUUCAAUAAACUAGUUUUCUUCGUCUUUGA